GCCGAAACAGCUCGGCCCAUUAAUUUCAAGGGUUUUACAGCCAUUAGCCGAACACCUUGAGAAGCAAAUAAGAACCCGAGAUCCCGGCGGCUAUCAACUUAUCAAUCCUCUCCUACAACAAUUAACCCUGCUUUAAGAGCAUGGCGAGAGCACUCAUCAGCUGCAGUGAAGGGGCUAAAGUUUGAUACAUCAAAAUCAGUAGUUUUUUUAAAGCUUUCCCAUUCGUCUGAAGGCAAGUUUCUCCUUGCAGGGGUUUAGAUCCAAGUGUGAAGGUCGCUCUUUCUUGGUGUGGGAUGUCUGGCUCAAGAGGGAUUGUGGGGGAAAAAUGGUCGCAGAGGAUACUUUGGUUGUGUGCUAUCGGAAGUGCCAUCAGCUUGUACUUCGUGGGUGUCGAGAGACAAACCCAGAAUCACUUACGGAAGAUGGCUGAGGGCUUUGAUGAUAUAGAUGAUUCUGAAAAUUCUGGAGGUGAUGGCACUUGAACUGAACUGCUGUUGACCCAAAAUCUUGACCAAGCUUUCGAUCAAGAUCCAAUAUUGCCGUUCAAAAGGAAUGUGUUCUGAAAAAAGUGGGAGAAAUAAGCAUAACUUACUCUCUUCUAGUCUUCUUUGUUCCACCAUUUUACAAAAUGUAUAAGUUCUUGCAAAAUUGUUGGUCGGGUUCCACCUGAAGAGAGUAAGCACAUAGUAGCAGUAGAUUACUUUGUCAACUUCUGAUUAUUAUUAUUAUUAUUAUUUGAAUAGGUUCACUUAUGCAGGA